AUGGAAGGCCCACGCGCGCGCGCACCCGUCGCCCCUGGCGAUGCCCGCAGCGCGGGCGGCCCGGGGUUCACCUCCGUCUGCGCUCUGGGCCCCGAGACGGCGGGAGCUGGGAGUCUGCGGGAGCCCGUUCCCCGGCUGGCCACCCGUGAGUCGGCCUUUGUGCAUGCCAUCGCCUCGGCUGGUGUGGCCUUCGCCGUCACGCGCUCCUGCGCCGAGGGCACCUCCACCAUCUGCGGCUGCGACUCGCAUCAUAAGGGACCACCCGGCGAAGGCUGGAAGUGGGGCGGCUGCAGCGAGGACGCCGACUUCGGGGUGCUGGUGUCUCGGGAGUUCGCAGACGCACGCGAGAACAGGCCGGAUGCGCGCUCAGCCAUGAACAAGCACAACAACGAAGCGGGUCGCACGACCAUCCUGGACCACAUGCACCUCAAGUGCAAAUGCCAUGGGCUGUCGGGCAGCUGUGAGGUGAAGACCUGCUGGUGGGCCCAGCCUGACUUUCGGGCCAUCGGCGACUUCCUCAAGGACAAAUACGACAGCGCCUCGGAGAUGGUGGUGGAGAAGCACCGCGAGUCCCGCGGCUGGGUGGAGACGCUCCGGGCUAAGUACGCGCUCUUCAAGCCGCCCACCGAGAGGGACCUGGUCUACUACGAGAACUCCCCCAACUUUUGCGAGCCCAACCCUGAGACGGGCUCCUUUGGCACCAGGGACCGGACUUGCAAUGUCACGUCCCACGGCAUUGAUGGCUGCGACCUGCUCUGUUGUGGCCGUGGCCACAACACGAGGACGGAGAAGCGGAAGGAGAAGUGCCACUGCAUUUUCCACUGGUGCUGCUACGUCAGCUGCCAGGAGUGUGUCCGCAUCUACGACGUGCACACCUGCAAGUAGCCAGCAAGGGUGCUGGGAACGGGUGAAGUGUGUGACUGGGCGGAUUCACCGAAGUCCCAUGGGAAGCAGGCCCUGGAGCCGGUCUCGGCCCUCAGCACCGGACAGCAAGGCACAUGGACUGUUGUCAGAUGCACGGUAGUAAAUGACCUGGACCCAACCCGCCCAGUGGCGGAGAGGCUUCCCCCUUUCUCCUCUAAGUUUCUCACUGGACCCUGGAUGGUGUGUGGUUGUUUUUUUGUUUUUUGUUUUUUUUAAGAAGGGGCUUUCUUUUUGGUUCUCUAGGGUCUGAUAGGAACAGACCCACAGCUUCUCUUUGCACAUUGUUAAAAGAAAAUAAAAAUGAAACAAAACAGAAACUACUCCCACAGGCCAGGCUGGGCGAACAUGGCGCUCUCUGCCUGGUGGCCGAGACGCCAGUAUGGGCAAGACUCGUUUCCAAACGGCUUCUUCUGGUGGCAUUCCGAGACCUCUGUGCGGUGGGAGUUGUGAAGUGGGUAAGACAAACCUCCGCAGAGUCCCUUUUUGGUCUACUCCCACUCCAGUCUGCUCUACCGUCACAGGCUGAUAAAAGCCGUAGAUGUAGUUAGCACCAAGUGGUGCAGGGCCCAGGUAAUUGUGAGGGUGGCCGGGGGCCCUGCGGAGCAUGGAGUUCUGGCUGUGAGCAGCUGGGUUCUUGUCGGUCUCCAGGAGGCGCUCCUGGGAACCGCAGCUCCAUCGCGAAGUGAACUUCCUGCCGUUCUUCAGUUCCCACCGCCUGGGCAGUGUCUUUAUACUUUUUUGAUAGUAGACUUUGUGACCGGGUUCUGUCUGGGGCAAGCAGCCUUCAGCCCCCAUAGCCACAGUAGUCUCUCGGGAAGGGACCGCCGAGCCCUUCCAGGCCGGGCUCACCUGUAGGCUUCAUCAGAACAGCGCAGGGAGGGCAGCUCGACUCCAGGUCACCUUCAAGGGACACUGAGAGAGUAGUGACCUAGUCCAGAGAUCUCAGCCAUUUCCUCCCCAACAAGGGCACGUCUUCACCCACCUGUUCUUUCUCUGGCCUGUGGGAGCCAACAGGGAUGCAGGAUCAGCAGCCCUCUACUGUAACCCAGUGUUCUGAGACAGCCGCCAUCCAAGCUUAGGUUCACUGGGCAUUCUAACGGGGCUGAGUGGGCACUUACGCCCUUGGUUAAAGCAUCUCACCGCCGAGUUCUACACGCUUAGUGUCCUAUAGGAAGCUACCUAGCCGAGGGAGUCGAAUGGAUGGAUGGGAGGCAGAGAAGGAAUCUGUCUUCAGGAGACCCCGACAGAAGAGGUGCAGCAGGGCUGAGAGCAGAACCAAGCUUUUUCUUUCUUUUCCCACCAUCUCUCCCGGCCCUGCCAAACAGUGGCCUGAGAGCCGGCCAACAGUCUUCUUGCUUGCUCUGGCAGGCUUGCCAAGACCAAAGUCUCCAAGCUGCGCCUGCGCCCUGGAGUCUGCGGAGCUCCUCCCCCUCUCCCCUUGGCUGGCAGUGCUCCCAGCCCUGCCCACUGAUGCUUGCUUUAACGGGAGGUCAUCUCAGCAGAAUGGAUACAAAUGUUCAGAACUGCCCAUCUUUUUAUAUCUAUGUAUUCUAUAUUAAAAGUGAUAAAGUCAUGUUUCUGGGAGUAUUCAAGUAGCUGACAAGUCAUUAUUUAAUACUAGUCCAUGGAGUGCGUUGUAAGUAUCCUCGCCAGUCGGGUAUUAGGCUCCAACCUGCUGUAUCCAAAGUUUUGUAAAA